GUACAAAAAGAGAAAGGAAAAGAGAGAAAAGGAUGAUACUUAUGCUCACUUUCUUUACUUAGCUCAAAUGACAGACUGUGAUAUCCCUUACUUACUCAUAGGUUUUAAAGAAAGCACUGUGUCUGCGAUCAGUACACAGACAACCAAACUAUACCCUAACGAACAAAGCAGCCAUAUACUCAAGGAUCAACUUGUCCGAUUCAUCUUACAAAGACAAUAUCAUCUUAGUGGCGUAUUUAAGCAAGACGUAUCAAAUCAUUACAAGGAAACACCCGUAGAUAUAGUACAGCAAGUGAUAAAUGACGAAGAAAACGAUGACAUAUUUUUACUCGUCUAUCGCAAAUUCAUGACACCCAAAGAUCUCUUACAGCAACUUGUGAAGCAGUUUGGAGAAUAUGAUUCACCGCUUACAUCAGAACAGGAGAGGAUUCUAUCAAUACUGCACUCCUGGACGUCUUGCUACUGGAACGACUUUUACUGUUCAGCCACACGCAACACACUGCAGUUGUUUCUUGAAAGGAUACAUGACGUAGAGAGUCCGCUUUAUGAGCGAAUCGUCGCCCUCACAUCAGCAGAACCGCCGGAAGUUGACCGGGAUGCCAGCUGGGGCGUAUCAGAUGAUGGAAGGAACGAGACUCUGGGAACGAUUUCUGAAGAAGGAGAUAUAUAUUUACCGAUGCGACGAUCCAAAUCGACCCAGAUAAAACCAAGCGCCACAAAUAAGGAGCCUACCAAACGGUUCUCAACACCUGCGAUUCCUUUACUGAUAUCUCCAGGCAUAAAACGAACGCUGACCAAGAGAAGGACGCUCGCGAGCGUGCUGAAUACGAUCACAGUCAAAGACAUGGCUGAACAGUUGACGUGGAUUGAAACCGAACUCUAUUCCAAAAUACAACCACGCGACUUUUUAAGACAUAUUUGGCGUCAGCGACAAGAUCAGCCAACUCCGAUAGCUGCGUCUAUUGAGCACUUCAACUUUGUGUCAGAGUGGAUAGCUUCGAUGAUUGUGAAUCAGGAUCAAGUGGAAGAAAGAGCAUUUGUGUAUGAGUACUGUUUGGCUAUUGCUGUGGAGCUAGAAAAAUUGAAUAACUUUAAUACGCUGAUGGCUGUAUUGGCAGGAAUAAAUAAUGCAGCCAUUCUGAGGUUAAAGGAGACAAAACAUUUGGUAUUUGAAAGAAAUAAAAAACUGGUUGAAAAGUUUUCUAGACUAGAAAGCUUAAUGAGCUCAGAAAGGUCAUUCUACAAUUACCGAUGUGCACUAAAGGAGAGAUCAAAAUCAUUCGGUAUUCCGUAUUUAGGUAUUCACCAACAGGAUCUUGUAUCACUCUGUGAGGCGAACAAAGAUCACAAGACUAAUGGCAAGAUACACUGGCAGAAAUUUCGAUUGAUAGGACAGAGUAUCAACGAAGUUAUGACACGGUUUGAAUCCAUGAAUGGACGUAUUGAGCCCAACCCGUUCAUUCUUUAUUUUAUUGGAAAUGAAUUAGAGAUAUUGACAGAGGAUGAGAGAUAUGAAAAGUCAAUACGACUUGAACCAAGAGAGUUACAUAGCUCAUUCACUUAUAAUAAUCAUCAUCAUUCUAGUCAUCGUUGGUUAAUGCUUAGGACAUAGCUGAUAAAACAAGGCUUGGUGUCACUCUUGUGUUUUGUUGUACAGCAAUACAUUUUUUUAAAGCAAAACCAAAAAAAAAAAGAAAAAAAAA